AUGAUUGACAAUAUUAUUUGCGCAGAGAUUCCGGAUCCAGAUGCUGAUCCGAAACUUUAUCAAAUAAUCAGAUCGAACAUGAUACAUGGCCCCUGUGGCAACUUUAAUAACAAGUCUCCGUGUAUGAAAGAUAGCGUGUGCUCUAAACGGUUUCCAAGACCUUUACUUUCAGAAACACAGACCGGUGAUGACGGCUAUCCCCAAUAUAGGCGACGAUCUCCAGGGGAUGGUGGCUUUACUGUACAUAUCAACGGGGUAGAGCUCGACAACCGCUGGGUUGUUCCAUAUAAUGCGGUUCUUUUGAGAACAUUUAAUGCUCAUAUUAAUGUUGAGUACUGUAACUCCGUAAAAUCCAUAAAAUAUAUUUGUAAAUAUGUAAAUAAGGGGUCGGAUCAAGCGACUGUUACACUGGAGGAUUCGAAAGAUGAGGUGAAAAUGUAUGAAAGUGGAAGGUAUAUAAGUAGUGCUGAAGCGGUCUGGCGAAUACUUGGGUUUCCUAUUCAUGAGCGAUAUCCUAGAGUUAUACAUCUGGCGGUGCAUUUAGAAAACGGUCAAAGAGUUUAUUUUAAUCCAUCUAAUUUGGCUGAUAGGGUAUCCAGUCCACCAAAAACAACACUGACCUCAUUCUUUGAACUAUGUAGAUUCGACGAUUUUGCAAAAACUUUAUUAUACUGUGAAGUACCGGCAUAUUAUGUUUGGAACAAUAAUAAAUUUGAAAGAAGAAAACGAGGAGCAAAUGUAGAUGGUUGGUCAGGUGUUAAAAAAGAGCACGCGUUGGGUAGGGUUUACACCGUACACCCGAAUAAUACAGAGUGCUACCACCUCCGAUUGCUCUUACACGAAGUUCGAGGUCCAACAUCGUUUGAAUCACUAAGGACUAUAAACGGUGUUGUACAACCAACAUUUAAAUCUGCUUGCAAGGCCCUUGGAUUACUUGAAGAUGACCAACAUUGGCGUACAACACUUCAAGAGGCAGCCCUUUGUCAGUCUCCGUUCAUGAUGAGAGAACUCUUUACUAUUUUGUUAGUGUUUUGUCAAGUUGCAGAUCCUGUCAGUCUAUGGAAUGAAUUCAGAGAAAAUCUUUCUGAAGAUUUCAAAAGACAGAUUGAGAGGCAAGCAGCUUGCGAUGUAAACUCUCUCAUGGAUGAAAUCUUCAAUAGGUGCCUUUUGGAGAUAGAAACAGCAUGCUUAGCUCUAGGUGGAUGCGCAAUAGAAGGGUACGGAUUACCAAAGCCGACUAGAUCGGAAGGAUUUAAUAAUGAAUUAGGAGUAUAUAUUAAUGAACUAAACUAUGAUGUCCCUACAUUGCAAAGAUUUGUUAAUACAAAUGAGGAUUGCUUAACAGAUGAACAAAAAUUGAUAUACAAUAAAAUUAUAGCAAACAUCAAUACAAACGACGGAAAAAUUUUCUUUUUGGACGCCCCUGGAGGAACUGGUAAAACUUAUCUCAUUAAUUUGAUACUUGCAAAGAUUAGAAGCAAUCGUGGAAUUGCCAUAGCUGUCGCUUCAUCGGGGAUUGCUGCAACUUUAUUGGAAGGAGGUCGCACUGCUCACUCGGCUUUAAAGUUACCGCUUAAUUUAUCUAUUUCGGAAACCCCAAUUUGCAAUAUUCCAAAGCAAAGCAAUCUUGCCAAAGUUUUACGUAAAGCUGAAAUCAUAAUCUGGGAUGAGAGCACUAUGGCUCAUAAAAAAUGUUUUGAGGCGUUGAAUAGGACUUUACAAGACUUGAGAGAUAAUAACUCUCUGAUGGGUGGCUUGACACUUUUGUUAGCCGGAGAUUUCAGACAAACAUUACCGGUUGUACCAAGGGGAACUCGGGCAGACGAGAUCAAAGCAUGUUUAAAAAGAUCAGUUUUAUGGCCAUCUAUUGAAAUUCUUAACUUAAAUAAAAAUAUGCGAGUGCUCUUAAAAGGGGAUAUCAAUGCAGGUAACUUUUCAAAUAUACUACUUAAAAUAGGAAAUGGCAUAUACCCAGAAAAAGACGGUUUGAUAAAUUUACCAGAAAAUUUAUGCACUGUAGUUACAACAGUCCCGGAAUUAAUAGAUAAAGUAUAUCCAAAUAUAGCUCGAAUUCAACAUAAACCUAUAGAAUGGCUGCAUGAAAGAGCUAUUUUAUCACCCACAAAUGAACACGCCGCACUAAUAAAUGACGUUUUGCUAAAUUCAUUUGAAGGUGAAGAAAUGAUAUAUAAAUCAGUAGAUACAGUAAUACAUACAGAAGACGCUGUUCACUAUCCGGUUGAGUUUUUGAACACUAUUAAUCCAGCUGGUCUUCCAUACCACAGUCUUAGAUUACGAGUCGGUGCACCAGUAAUGUUGCUCAGGAAUUUGAAACCACCUAAAUUAUGCAACGGCACGAGACUUCAAGUCAGGGUCUUGCAUCGUAAUAUUGUCGAAGGUAUUAUUUUAACUGGGUCUGCAAAGGGAGAAACGGUAUUUAUACCGCGAAUACCGUUAAUCCCAAAUGAUCUUCCUUUCGAAUUUCGGAGACUACAAUUUCCAUUGAAGGUAUGUUUCGCCAUGACCAUUAAUAAGUCGCAGGGUCAAACACUCGCGCUAGCAGGAGUUGAUUUGCGACAGCCCUGCUUCUCCCAUGGUCAGUUAUAUGUGGCGUGCUCCCGCGUAAGUUCGCCAUCCAGUCUGGUCAUUCUCGCACCACCCUCCAGAACGACCAGAAACGUUGUUUAUAAGGAAAUUUUAUAAAUAUGUUUCCUAAAUACAUUUCUGUCUAGCUCUUAUCCCGGUUGCACCAGCCACCCACCAACCGAACCACUCUUCCAUGCUACUCUUUUUAGGGUUCCGUACCCAAAAGGUGAAAACGGGACCCUAUUACUGAGACUUCGCUGUCUGUCUGUCCGUCUGUCACCAGGCUGUAUCUCAUGAACGCUGAUAGGUAGGCAGUUGAAAUUUUCACAGGUGAUGUUUUUCUGUUGCCGCUACAACAACAAAUACUCAAAAUAAAAAUAUAAUAAAUAUUUAGGGGGGCUCCCAUACAAAAAUCGUGAUUUCUUGCACGUUUUUACAGAUAAGGCUGUAUCUUAUGAACCGUGACAGUAAGACAGUUGAAAUUUUCACAGAAUAUGUAUAUCUAUUGUUGCUAUAACAACAAAUACUGAAAAUAAGAAUAAAAUAAAAAAUUUUGUACGGAACCCUUCGUGCGCGAGUCCGACUCGCACUUGGCCGGUUUUUAGUUUUCAUGUGGUCAAACUUUUACUUUCAUACCGACUGACAUUCACAUUCACACCUCUGAACUCCAGACGAAAGCCUAUAGGUACUUUAGGGUUAUAAUAGCCUCCCCUGAUCGUUUUAUCCUAAAUUUAUAAGAAACCAAAUUAUCCUAAACUAAUAAUCUAAAAAUUAAUAACAAUACAUUAUUCAGCUGAGCUACUUAUACUAUAACCUAAUUUAAAAAUAAUAAAAUUAAGCAUUUUUUAAACUUUUCUCCAACACCCACAAAGAUCUCUCUUUUAUAACACGCCACGCGGACGAAGUCGCGGGCAAAAGCUAGUAAUAUAUAAUAUCGUUUAUUCAUAAAAAGCAUACAAUAGUACAAGAAUAAACGCGGCAUCACUGAAGCAAUAUAAUUGCUCGUGCGUGAUAUUGCCAAAGAGUACAUCAAUUUUACUUCGUACAUUAUAAUUAAAACACCACAAUCAUCAAAAAAACGAAAAUACA